AUGUGGGCUCAACUCCUUCUAGGAAUAUUGGCCCUGUCACCAGCCAUUGCAGAAAAAUCUCUCCCAAACUACCUGGUGACCUUACCAGCCCAGCUUAACUUCCCCUCUACCCAGAAAGUUUGUCUGGAUCUGAGCCCUGGGAACCAUGAUGUAAAAUUCACUAUUACUCUGGAGACCAAAGACAAGACCCAGAAGUUGCUAGAAACCUCUGGGUUGAAGAAGAGACACUUCCAUUGCACCUCCUUUCUGGUACCACCUCCUGCUGGUGGCACAGAAGAAGUGGCUACAAUCUGGGUGUCGGGAACUGGAAAUAACAUCAAUUUUGUGGAGAAGAAAAAGGUUCUGAUUCAGAGGCAGGAGAACGGCAUCUUUAUACAAACUGACAAGCCCAUCUACAACCCGGGGCACAAAGUCUCAAGCCUCUCCUUUGACCCCGAAGGGGAAUGGAAUGUGCCACCUCAAAAUGGGCCACUGUGGCACGUGGAUUGUUUUGAACUGCGGUACUCCAUGGUGGAACUGCAGGACCCAAAUAGCAACAGGAUUGCCCAGUGGCUGGAAGUGAUGCCGGAGCAAGGCAUUGCGGACCUGUCCUUCCAACUGGCCCCAGAGGCAACGCUGGGCACCUAUACCGUGGCAGUGGCUGGGGGCAAGACCUUUGGCACCUUCCUUGUGGAAGAAUAUGUGCUGCCUAAGUUUCAGGUGGAUGUGGUGGAACCCAAGCAGUUAUCGACCGUGGAGGAAUCCUUCUUAGUGAAAAUUUGUUGUAGGUACACCUACGGAAAGCCCGUGCGAGGGGCGGCACAGGUAUCCGUGUGUCAAAAGGCAUAUACUCACCAUUUUCCAGACGCACAAUGGGAACAGCUACCCGACAGAUGCAAGAACCUUUCUGGACAGACUGACAAGUCAGGAUGCUUCUCAGCUUCCGUGGAUAUGUCCACCUUCAACCUCACUGGUUACACGUACAGCCACAGCAUCAAUAUUGUGGCUACCGUGGUGGAGGAAGGAACAGGAGCAGAGGCCAAUACCACUCAGGAUAUCUACAUUUCUUCAGAAAUGGGAUCGAUAACCUUUGAAGACACCAAAAAUUUUUAUUACCCCAAUUUCCCCUUCACUGGGAAGAUAAGAGUUAGGGGCCAUGACGGCUCCCCCCUCAAGAAUCAUUCAGUAUUUCUGGUGAUUUCUGGCAUAAAUGGAACCACCAACCAGACCCUAACUACUGACAACGAUGGCCUUGCUCCCUUCGAGCUGGAUACAGUCAGUUGGAAUGGGAGAGAUAUUUCUCUGGAGGUAGUGGGGAAAGGGCGUUUGGAGAUAGAGGGGCAGAAACACCUGAAUUCUGAGAAGGAAGGAAUGAAAGGCUCCUUCUCCAUCUCACUGACCUUCACUUCCAGACUAGCCCCUCAUCCUUCUCUGGUGAUCUAUGCCAUUUUCCCCAGCGGAGCGGUUAUAGCCGACAAAAUUCAGUUCUCGGUAGAGAUGUGUUUUGACAAUCAGGUUUCCCUUGGCUUCUCACCUUCCCAGCAGCUUCCAGGAGCAGAUGUGGAACUACAGCUGCAGGCAACUCCUGGGUCCCUGUGUGCCGUCCGGGCGGUGGAUAAGAGUGUCUCACUGCUGAGGCCAGAGAGAGAGCUGAGCAACAAUUCUAUCUAUAGGAUGUUCUCAUUCUGGUACGGUCACUACCCCUAUCAGGUGGCUGAAUAUGAUGAGUGUCCAAUGUCUGGCUUCUGGAACUCUCCACAAACCCUCUCGGUUAUGUGGAGGCCUUGGUUCUCUGAACGUGUGGACCUUUUCCAUUUUUUCCAGGACAUGGGCCUGAAAAUACUGUCCAAUGCCCAGAUUAAGAAGCCAGUAGAUUGCAGUCACCAGUCUCUAAAGCACAGCAUUGCAGUGGCGGAAGGUAAGCUACCCGUGUAGCUUAAAUCAUGGAACACUCCAGAAGCUUUUGAAUCAUCAUCAUCUUCAUCACUUCAGUCAGAGGAUCCUCAGAUCCGCCAGUAUUUCCCAGAGACUUGGCUCUGGGAUCUGUUUCCAGUUGGUAACUCAGGGAAGGAGGCUGUCCACGUCACGGUUCCUGAUACCAUCACCGAGUGGAAGGCCAUGACUUUCUGCACCUCCCAGACUAGCGGCUUUGGUCUGUCACCCACUGUUGGACUGACUGCUUUCAAACCAUUCUUUGUUGAUCUGACUCUCCCUUACUCAGUAGUUCGAGGGGAAUCUUUCCGCCUUACUGCCACCAUCUUCAAUUAUCUAAAGGACUGCAUCAGGGUUCACACUCACCUGGCUAAAUCCGAUGAGUACCAGGUGGAAUCGGGGACAGGUCCUCAGGACUCCAGCUGUCUCUGUGCUGAUGAAGCAAAAAGCUAUCACUGGAAUAUCACAGCUAUCAAGUUGGGUCAUGUAAACUUUACUGUUACUACCCAGAUUCUGGACAGCGAUGAACUCUGUGGGAGGCAGAAGGGGUUUGUUCCAGAAAAGGGCCAAAGUGACACACUCAUCAAACCAGUUCUGGUCAAGCAAGGACUGGGACAAGUGGUUUCAGAAUCCAUUUCCUUGGAGCUCCCUGUGGAUGUGGUUCCUGAUUCAGCCAAGGCUUAUGUUGCGGCUCUGGGAGACAUUAUGGGCACAGCCCUCCAGAACCUAGACAAUCUGGUACAGAUGCCAAGGGGCUGUGGGGAGCAGAACAUGGUAUUGUUUGCUCCCAUAAUCUACGUCUUGCAGUAUCUGAAGAGGGCAAGGCUGCUGACUGAGGAAAUCAGGUCUCGGGCAGUGGGUUUCCUGGAGCUCGGGUACCAGAAGGAGCUACUGUACAAACACAGCAAUGGCUCAUACAGUGCCUUUGGGGAGCAGGAUGAAGAUGGAAACACCUGGUUGACAGCGUUUGUCACCAAAUGCUUUGGCCAAGCUCAGGAAUUCAUCUUCAUUGAUGAGAAGAAUAUCCAGGAUGCUCUCAAGUGGAUGGCGGAAAACCAGCUCCCCAGCGGCUGCUAUGCCAAUGUGGGAAAGCUCUUACACACAGCUAUGAAGGGUGGCGUUGAUGAUGAGACUUCCCUGACUGCAUACAUCACAGCCGCGUUGCUGGAGAUGAGCAAAACCAUACAGGACCCGAUGGUGAGUCGGGGCCUACGGUGCCUCAGGAAUUCUGUUUCCUCCACUAACAGCCUCUACACACAGGCCCUACUAGCUUAUACUUUCUCUCUGGCUGGGGAGAUGGACAUCAGAAACACUCUUCUUGAAAAGUUAGACCAGCAGGCUAUCAUCACAGGAGAGUCCAUUCACUGGAGCCAAAAGCCUACUCGGUCCCAGGAUGCCAGACCUUGGUCUGAGCCUGAGGCUGUAGAUGUGGAACUUACAGCAUAUAUCUUAUUAGCCCAGCUUAGCAAAGCCAGCCUGACUCAAAAGGAGAUAGCCAAGGCCACUGCCAUAGUGGCUUGGUUGGCCAAGCAACGCAACGCAUAUGGGGGCUUCUCUUCUACUCAGGAUACUGUAGUUGCCCUCCAAGCUCUCGCCAAAUACGCCACCACUGCCUAUGUGCCAUCUGAGGAAGUCAACCUGGCUGUGAAAUCCAGUGGGAAUUUCCAGCGUGCUUUCAACAUUCAGGCUGCCAACCGGUUGGUAUUUCAGCAGGAGACUCUACCUAAUAUCCCUGGAGCGUAUACCUUGGAGGCCUCGGGCCAGGGCUGUGUCUACAUGCAGACGGUGCUGAAAUACAACAUCCCCCCUCCUAAAUUUGCGGAUACCUUUAGUCUUAGUGUAGAAGUGGGAAAGGAUACAUGUGAGCAAGUUACUUCACCUCGAUCCUUGGUGCUUACUAUCCACACCAGUUAUGUGGGGAGUCGCAGCUCUUCCAAUAUGGCCAUUGUAGAAGUGAAGAUGCUUUCUGGGUUCAGUCCCAUGGAGGGCACCAAUCAGUUACUUCUCCAACAACCACUGGUGAAGAAGGUUGAAUCUGGAACUGACGUACUGAACAUUUACUUGGAAGAGCUGAAUAAGAAGACUCAGGCCUUUACCUUCACCAUCAGCCAACGUACGUUGGUCACUAACCUGAAACCAGCAACCAUCACGGUCUAUGACUACUACCUCCCAGGUGAACAGGCAACAAUUCAGUACUCUGAUCCUUGUGAAUGA